UCAGCCCAGCUUCCUCAAACCAGCUUCUUCCGUUGUUUUUAACAUGGGCACAACACCACGCUAGUGAGAUACUUCCCUAAGACAACUGUUUUUAAACAUUAGCACACCGAGAAUGCCAAGGAAAAAGAAAAACGGCCAAAGCCCGGCCAGAGUACCCGGGUUGUCAAACGACAACAACAACUACCGAAUACCGGGAACGAGUGACGGCGCGCCGCUGUCGAGAAGUGAAUUCAACACCGGGACUAACUCUCACGACUACGGUAGUACUAAUAUGCUCGUUUCGACAAACUCAGGAGGCAUCUCGGCUACUUCUCAGGACAAGGACGAGAUCGUGAGGACCAUGAAGGAGAUGUUUUGCCACCUGGAUCCGGAAGUUCUUUACAUUGUGUUGGCCGAGUGUGACUUCAAAGUUGAGAAUGCGAUGGAUUCUCUCCUGGAGCUGUCUGUAGCAGCUGAGCAUGUUGGCCCCCUCCCUCCCCUCCUCUCCGGGUUUGAGCUUACCGCAGCUCUCCUCAGCCCCCAACACAACUCCUCCAAACCAGACCUUCACCCCCACCUUCCUACGGGGGAGUCCGCUGUCCCCCUCUCCCCUCCCCGACGGGCCCUUCCUCUCCGCAGCGAAGAUAACCAGGACCUGACCACUGACUUGACAGAAGAGUUUGAUGUUCUGAUCGACCGUGAGCUGGAGAAUCUUACCAUACAGCAGGAAGCUGAAGAGAGGGACCACGGUGAUCUUCACACCUCCUCCUCUUCCUCAUCCGUCUCUUCCCUCUCCUUCCUCGUUCAGCCCGCGGACGCCCAGCAGCAGGCCCUACCCCAGCCGCUUCAGUCCAGCCCAAGAGCCUCCAGGAGGGGGCUCCCAGGGGACCAGCCAUGCCCAGACAGGGUGUUCUCAGCUGGACAGGCUCGCGGACCUCACUCCCCUGUCUCUGACCUGAGCCUCAACUUCUCUGGAGGAGCAGCCGGUUACCGGCGGCAACGGUCAUUACUGGACUUCAGCCAUCUGACUUCGUCGCCGUCCGGGACGGACAGAACUAAACCCAGCCUGCCGUUGGACCCAGGGGCCUCCGAUCGCCCCUCUGCAUUCCAGGCAUACAGGAAACUGGACCAGUUCACGGUUCGUCCAGAGGGCGAGCGGACCGUACCACCAGGCGGCGUAGCAGAGGGGGCGAGGACGAAGACGAGCGUCGCAGGGGAAGAAGAGGUACUCAACAACCCGUCGUUCUGGAACACUCAAGCGCCGGAGUUCCAACCGCAUGGAAAUCGGACAACGGGGCCGGCAUUUAUCGUCCCUGUGGCGCUAAGCCCCUCCUCCUGGCACACCCGGGCCACACCCGCCUCCCACUGGUUGGCCCAGGGCCCUGUCGGUCAAGUCCCGACCGUCCCCAGGUCUUGGACAGGGGGUGUGUCUGCUGGCCCCAGAGCACCCCUCCUCUCUGGGCAACAUGGUAGGCUCCGGCUGGAGGGGCGUGUCCUAGUGCUGCUACGGGGAGCUCCUGGGUCGGGCAAGUCCACCCUGGCCCGGGCCAUGCUGGAACAGAACCCACAUGGGGUGGUGUUGAGCACCGAUGAUUAUUUCUGUCGUCAUGGGGACUAUCGCUAUGACCCCUCAGCUUUAGGGGAGGCCCACGAAUGGAACCACGCUAGAGCCCAGGAAGUGAUGGAGGCCUCUUUCUCUCCUGUUAUUAUUGACAACACCAACAUAUCCCAGGAAGUGAUGGAGGCCUCUUUCUCUCCUGUUAUUAUUGACAACACCAACAUGCAGGGCUGGGAGAUGAAACCCUACGAGGCCAAACUACCCCCCAACAGGACCCAAGCCCACCCCACCAGGAGGCCAAACUACCCCCAGCAGGACCCAAGCCCACCCCACCAGGAGGCCAAACUACCCCCCAACAGGACCCAAGCCCACCCCAUCAGGAGGCCAAACUACCCCCCAACAGGACCCAAGCCCACCCCACCAGGAGGCCAAACUACCCCCCAGCAGGACCCAAGCCCACCCCACCAGGAGGCCAAACUACCCCCCAACAGGACCCAAGCCCACCCCAUCAGGAGGCCAAACUACCCCCCAUCAGGAGGCCAAACUACCCCCCAGCAGGAGGCCAAACUACCCCCCAACAGGACCCAAGCCCACCCCAUCAGGAGGCCAAACUACCCCCCAACAGGACCCAAGCCCACCCCACCAGGAGGCCAAACUACCCCCCAACAGGACCCAAGCCCACCCCAUCAGGAGGCCAAACUACCCCCCAACAGGACCCAAGCCCACCCCAUCACGACGCCAAACUACCCCCCAACAGGACCCAAGCCCACCCCAUCAGGAGGCCAAACUACCCCCCAACAGGACCCAAGCCCACCCCAUCAGGAGGCCAAACUACCCCCCAACAGGACCCAAGCCCACCCCAUCAGGAGGCCAAACUACCCCCCAUCAGGAGGCCAAACUACCCCCCAGCAGGACCCAAGCCCACCCCAGCAGGAGGCUAGCCCGUCACAGCCCAAGUCCUCAGACAAGGCCCGCCGCGACCUGGUAGGAGAGCAGCGAUUGGUCCAGGGCUCUGAGAGGUCCUGCCCCCAGCUCUUCUCCUGGCUUCCCGACGUGUCGCCAGUCGGCCGCUCCGGCAGAGCCAUAACCCCGGGUCACAGCUCUGCCCACGGCUCCACAGAGUCCCUCGGUGAAAAGGAAAAAUGUGGAAUUCUGGACAAUUCUAAAAUUCUGGAUGAGGAGGAUAUUCUUGAUUUAGGAGCGGUGGCCUUUGACCCGGAAGCUCCGUGGCAACCGGACGACGAGGGGAACAGGGGGGAGGGAGAGACAGGAAUUCCCCACUGUCUGGUGGAGGCUGUGUUUAGGGCAGAUUUCCACGGUGACGACGAGAGGCCCGUGGCUUUCUCCGAGUCGAUUGGUGGUUGGAUCCAACACCGUGGAGCAGAGGGAGGAGAGACCAUUCAGGCUGCCGGAGAGGGGGGGACUCGGGGUUUAGUUGAGAAAGACUUGUUGGAGGUAGGAGGAAGCCAUCUUGGUAAGGUCAGUCAGUGUACUGAUAGUGACAGCCAUGUUGGUGAGGUCAGUCAGUGUACUGACGCUAGUGAGACCAGGAUGGAAGGUGAAGUCGGCCAUCUUGGUCGGGGCAGUCAGUGUACUGAUAGUGACAGCUAUAUUGUUGAGUACAGUGUGGAAGCUGGUGAAGGCAGCCAUGUUGGUGAGGUCAGUCAGUGUACUGACGCUAGUGAGACCAGGAUGGAAGGUGAAGUCGGCCAUCUUGGUGGGGGCAGUGAGGAGCAGAGGCAGAGUCGCUGGGCUGAGAAACAGUGCAAGCUGGCGCUCACCUUCACAAACCACACCCCUCCCUCCCCCAAACCACAGACAGACCCUGACCUCGACCCUAAUCUCGACUCUGACCUCGACCCUAAUCUCGACUCUGACCUCGACCCUAACCUCGACUCUGACCUUGCCCCUGACCUUAACCCUAACUCAGACCUCAACCCUAAUCUCGACUCUGACCUCGACCCUAAUCUCGACUCUGACCUCGACCCUAAUCUCGACUCUGACCUUGCCCCUGACCUUAACCCUAACUCUGACCUUGCCCCUAAUCUCGACUCUGACCUUGCCCCUAAUCUCGACUCUGACCUCGACCCUAACCUUAACCCUAACUCUGACCUUGCCCCUAAUCUCGACUCUGAUCUCGACCCGAACCUCGACCUUAACCCUAACCUCGACUCUGACCAUGCCCCUGACCUUGACCCUAAUCUCGACUCUGAUCUCGACCCGAACCUCGACCUUAACCCUAACCUCGACUCUGACCUUGCCCCUGACCUUAACCCUAACUCUGACCUUGACCCUAAUCUCGACUCUGAUCUCGACCCAAACCUCGACCUUAACCCUAACCUCGACUCUGACCUUGCCCCUGACCUUAACCCUAACUCUGACCUUGCCCCUAAUCUCCACUCUGACCUUGCCCCUAAUCUCCACUCUGAUCUCGACCCUAAUCUCCACUCUGAUCUCGACCCUAAUCUCGACCCUAAUCUCGACUCUGAUCUCGACCCUAACCUCGACCCUAACCUCAAACCUGACCUCAACCCUAAUCUCGACUCUGACCUUAACCCUAAUCUCCACUCUGAUCUCGACCCUAAUCUCGACUCUGAUCUCGACCCUAAUCUCGACUCUGAUCUCGACCCUAACCUCGACCCUAACCUCAAACCUGACCUCAACCCUAAUCUCGACUCUGACCUUAACCCUAACCUUAACCCUGACCUCGACUCUGACCUUAACCCUAACCUCAACCCUGACCUCGACUCUAUCCUUAACCCUAACCUCGAUCUCAACCCUAUCCUCAGCCCUAACCUCGACCCCGACCUCUACCCUAAUCUCAACCCUGACCUCUACCCUAACCCCCACCGCCCCUCCCCUCCUCCGUCAUUGGCCGACACAGAUCGCUCCUCCCAGACCGACCCGCAAGACUUCGCCUUCCUCUGGCGUCUCGACCACAAUCGUCGCGACAACCCAACCGUGGCCGCGGGAUACCACUUUCCCCCUAACACCCUCGCCAUUCUCCACGGCAACCCUUCCCGUUUCCUCCCAGAGGUCUCGGCGGCGGUCUCGGCGGGCGUUGCGGUUCACCCCUCCGGCCAGCGCGUGGUGCCGUACCGUGUGACGCACGAGAAGGGGAGCCAGGUGGAGGAGAGGGAGCUGGAGGAGGGCCGGACCAGACAGCAGAACCUCGUCAUUCUCAGGCGCCAUUUUAAACUGGUCAACAGACACACUCUGGAGGACCUCUAUGACAAGUGUCAGCAGGAUCUGGAGUGGACCAGUAAUCUGUUGCUAGACUCUGGAGAGAGACUGUUCCUCGAGGAAGAGGAUGAUGAUGAAGAAGAGGGUGAUGAAGAUCUGGACAUGGCCGUAGGUGUGGGGCUGGAGGAGAGGACAGAGAGGCGGGUUACGCCCCCAGGAGAGCAGGCUUCGGCCUCCAGCGGUUCUGGUAGUGAGGCGGAUGUUGUAUUGGGAAGAAGGGAGGAGGAAGAGGAGGCGUGGAGGACAGGAGGGGGCGUGGACGAAGGGUUAGGGGGGGUUAGUGGACUGAACCAUCCGGUGUGUGGGGGCGGGGGCGGCUCAGAGGAACAUAACACCCCCUUGGGAGAGUCCACUCGUCUGGAGCACAGACCACCAGGAAGAGAUGCGGCGGAGCAGGAAGUGGUUCGGGACUCGGAGGGCGGAGCUGGCGCAGAGCAGUGGGAGAAAUGGGAGAGGGAGGAAGAGGAGGGAGACGAGGAGCUGUAUUGCAUAGACGAGGUGACCCAGUCGCUCCUCGCCCAGCUGGAGGAGAUGGAGAGGAGAGAGGAGGAGGAGGAGAGGAAAGGGAGGAUGGAGAAGGAGAAGAGGAGGGACAGACUCGUGGACAUCCAGAGUGUUGAACUGAAGCUGCCUACAGAACUGGCUCUGCAGCUGGUUGAGCUGUUUGGCCCUGUCCUACCAGGUGUGUGUUCUCCUGAUGACUACUCUGUGAGGAUGGACCUCAACAUGGCCAGACUGCUGCACCAGAAAUGGAAGGACACUGUCCAGGAGAAGCAGAGACAAGCAGCACUCUCCUACCAUCUACUACAAGAGAGCUCUGUCCACUGGGGCGAAUCACAGACGGCCAAAACCGGGCUCAGGGACGGGUCACGCCCAGCUCACUUCCUGAUUGGUCCAGACGGCUUUGCGUCUCCGAGCGGCCAAUCGGAGGCUCGGGAUGAGUUGCCAAUCCUGGACCACUGGAGUGUGUCCCGCCCUCAUGUCUCUCUCAGAGACAUCAUGACUGAAGAGCGGGCUCUACAGGAGAACAUGGAGAGGUCUGGUCCAGGUGGUGUUAACAGGAGAGAUGGAGCUGCCAUGAUGAAAGAGUCUCAGCUGUUUGACCUGUUUCCCAGCAUGGACAGACACUUCCUACAGGACAUCUUCAGAGACCACAAUUACUGUCUGGUGCAGACAGAGCAGUUUCUGAGGUCUAUGUUGGACGAGGGCCCUGUGAGGAACGUUGUGGCCCCAGAGCACACCCCCCGUACUCAGAGCAAGGAUCGAGACAAGAGGCGUGCAGCAGCAGUGGCCCCUCCACAGUCCCUCCCUCAGUACCAGGAUGUGGAGGACCCAGAGUAUGAGGACUACCGGGCCGAGGCCAGGCUGCAGAGAGGCAGGCAGCUGGAGAGCUUCAGCAAGGCCGCAGAGGCUUACAGACAGGGACACAGAGAUGUAGCCUCCUACUAUGGACAACAGGGUCAUCUCCAUGGUCAGAAGAUGCAUGAAGCCAAUCACCGAGCGGCGUCCCAGAUCUUUGAGCGGGUCAACUCCUCCCUGCUGCCUCAGAACGUUCUAGACCUCCACGGACUGCAUGUCGACGAGGCCUUACUCCACCUGUCACAGGUGUUAGAGAGCAAGACCACAGGUACACCUAGCUAGACCUCCAGGCUGAGUGAUGAAGAGGAAGACCACAGG